AUGGAUUGGACGGAGUUGAAUAAGGUUGUGAUAGUCGCAGGUCUUAUUGGCUUUGCUAUCGUUCUCAAGAGUGAGGCCCCGAAGCUUCGAGAAUGGUAUCGCAAGCUACAGGAAGCCAGAGCUGCUCAGCCGGGCGCCCCUGUCUUCCAGCAGUUGGCAGUGAUUCGUUCGCCGCCUCCAGCUCUGCUGCCGAUCCAUUCACAUUCAACGAUUGAACUCACCUUCUGGGAGAAUCAAGGUGCCUUGGGGGAAGAUACUCGUCUUGAGGACUCAGGAGAACGGGGAGAUCGGAUGUGGUAUAGAAAUGACGCACAGUGGUAG